CACAUCCUUCUAAAAAAACGCGAAAUACGCCAUUAGAUUCCUGUAGUGCAACACUCCAGUCUCCAGUCAUUACCGCCUUUGACGACUCCAUUGCGAAAUACGCGUCCGUUUUACACCGUAGCUCGUCAACUCCAAUAUAAUAUCUUUCGCCGUCUGUCUCGACAUAGAGUAUCAUCAACCAAAUCUCCAUUUGCGACAGUCAUGGAUGCGGAUUUAUCGCCGUUAUCAGGCAGUCCCGUUACAGCAACUCUCUCCAAACCUACCGCCACCACCACAGCUACCAUCACUGGCACGCCUCCCUCCAUUCUCGCCAAGAUUCACUGUCCCACACCCCCCGACCUAACCCUAAUCGAGCAGCUCGUAGGCGGGCCGCUCUGUGGCCCCUACUGCCAGAUCUUCCCGAGACAGGGACAGUCGGGGUGGGGUUACCUGGGGGAGGGUUACCCGGAAGAGGGCGGAUUGGGGGUUGCGGACGCGGACACAGCCACGGCUGUAGACACAGCCACGGCUGUAGACACAGCCACGGCUGUAGACACAGCCACGGCUGUAGACACAGCCACGGCUGUAGACACAGCCACGGCUGUAGACACAGCCACGGCUGUAGACACAGCCACGGCUGUAGACCCAGCCACGGCUGUAGACCCAGCCACGGCUGUAGACACAGCCACGGCUGUAGACACAGCCACGGCUGUAGACACAGCCACGGCUGUAGACAAAGCCACGGCUGUAGACACAGCCACGGCUGUAGACACAGCCACGGCUGUAGACCCAGCCACGGCUGUAGACCCAGCCACGGCUGUAGACCCAGCCACGGCUGUAGACACAGCCACGGCUGUAGACACAGCCACGGCUGUAGACACAGCCACGGCUGUAGACACAGCCACGGCUGUAGACCCAGCCACGGCUGUAGACCCAGCCACGGCUGCGCCAGGCGUGGCGGAGACAGGGGCGUGCGUGGGGAAGGCAGGCGCAUGGGGAGACGUGGGGGACGUAGACACCUUGAAAUUGCAGGGUAUUCUUGAGAAUUCGAAAAAAUGCUCUGGAGACGUGCGGGAUGUAGACCCCGUGUCUCCUGGGGAAGAGAGAGGAGGGGAAUCGGGAGAGCAGAGGAGGGGAGUCGGGAGAGCAGAGGAGGGGAGUCGGGAGAGCAGAGGAGGGAAGUCGGGAGAGCAGAGGAGGGGAGUCGGGAGAGCAGAGGAGGGGAGUCUGGAGAGCAGAGGAGGGAAGUCGGGAGAGCAGAGGAGGGGAGUCGGGAGAGCAGAGGAGGGGAGUCGGGGGAGGGGUUCUUGUGGCGCCGCUGCUGUCGCCCAAGUUUGCGCCAAGCAUGGCGGAAAUAGGGGCGUGGGGGAAGGCAGGCGCCGGGGGAGACGUGUGGGAUGUAGGCAGGAAGGGGGGAAUGGGGAGGAAAGAGAAUGGGAGGGGGGAGCGGGGCGGCGGAGGUGAAUAAGGAGGCUGCUAAGAGGUGCAUUUUGAGUCGACUCAAAGGACAUGAGGUGAAUAAGGAGGCUGCUAAGAACACGCCCAGGGAUGCGCCAAGUGCUGCAGAUAUAGGGGUCAGCGCAGGCGCAGGCGCAGGGAAGGGAGGCGCAGUGGGGAAUGCGCGGGAUGUCGGAAUGGGGGAGGAAGGGGAGUUGGGAGGAAAGGGAGUGGGAGGGGGGAGCGGGGCGAAUAAGGAGGCGGCUAAGAAUACGCCCAGGGAUGCACCAAGUGCAGCAGAGAUAGGGGAGCAGGCGCAGGGGGGGAUGUGCGGAAUGUAAUGAUGGGGAGAGGGGAGGAGGAGUGGCGUUCUUGUGGCACCGCUUCAGUUGGCGUCUAUUUUUGAGGCGCCUCAACAAUAGACUCCUCACGAAUGUAAUGAUGUGGAGAGGGGAGGAGGAGUGGCGUUCUUGUGGCACCGCUUCAGUUGGCCAAGAGUGGCGGAACUAGGGGCGUGGGGAAGGAAGGCGCAGGGGGAGAAGCACG